AUGGGUUGUAGAUUGGUAUACAAUGAUUCAAUGUUCAUUAUACUUAUAUACUUUGAUUCUUCACUUCUACUUAGGACAAUCAUUUAUACAGAAUCAGAAGAAACACCACCAUAUGCUAAUAAUAUGGUACCAGCACCAUUCAAGGGUGGUCGUGGUAUGACAUAUUACGAUUGGAGUAAUCAAGCAAUGCAUGAAGUAUACUAUGAUUUUUGUGUACCAAUCUUUUCAAAUGGCUCAGAUUGGUCAUGUGAUUUUAUAAAUGUAAAGGGUGUCUCUUAUAUUGUGACACAUGAUGAUGCUCCAAGUGACGUACCACCAUGUUGUGUCUUUGGUGAUCCAUGGUAUCCUCCAUCACCCAAUUUCAUCACUGGUUGUGGUGCCACCCAAAAUGUGAGUGCACCAUUGAAUGGACAAGAAAUCGAUUAUUGGACCAUCUAUCUACCUGGAUCCGGUGGUUUGUUUGGCUAUGGGUUCUAUGCCAACGGGUCAUCCACAGCUGGUUGGACUCCCGGUUCAUUCUUUUUCGCUGCCGCCCCUUCUGGAUGGACCAUUCAAAACUUUGAAAACUUUAGACAAACAACUCCACCCGCUUCAGCUUGGGUAUUACCAGAUUCAUGUAACAAUGCCCAACCAUGUCCACCACAAGGUUAA